UCGAAAAGGUGAGGGCAUUUCUCGUUCGUCUCGUCUCUUCACGUUCCCACGAUGCCUCCUCAGCCCAGUUUCUUUGCAAUUUAGAAUCAUGGAAUCAGACUCACUGUCUCCAUCCUCUGAUAAUGGUGAUGCAAAGACAACAUUUCGCAAGCCAUCUACGGAUGCGGCAAACAGGAAAUACCGGCGCCGUUCUCCCGUUGGUGGGUCAUCUUCAUCUGAUGAAAUUCCAAAGAGGGACCGAAGCUCUAGCCCAAACAUUUUGAGGGAUGACCCAGUGAAAGUCUCUGAACAUCGACCAAGGAAGGAUGAUGGGAGAGAAUUUGAAAGGGAUUCUAGUGGAGGUCGUUAUGGUAGAAGUGGUGAUUCUUAUAGACACUCUGAUCGACAGUCCUCCAGGAUGUCCCAUGGUUACUCUAGGCAUGAUGACUACAUACAUGACAAGCAUGUGGAUGAAGAAGAGAGAAACUAUAAGAGGUUGUCCUCUCGUCCUGGUCGAGAGUCAAGGGGUGGCACUCAUUCUGAACUUACAAGAAAAGAAAGCGAGCAUAGUAAGUCCAGAGAUUAUUCGAGAGAUGUGGAUAAAUAUUCCCGAGAUAAAUAUGAUGGGUAUAGAAGCAAGGAUAAGGAUAGAGAAGCCUCGUCUCUAGAACACCAGAAAUAUAAAGAGAAGGAAUCAUUUGAUAGAGCUGGAUCUGGUAGGAAACAUGCAUCUUCUGAAGCGGUGGAGAGGGGUAGGUAUACAAGGGACAGAGAUGGUCGAGAUGAGAAGAGGGAUUAUCAUAGAAGUUCAGGAGAUUACAGAGGUGACCGACUUUCCUAUGAAGAGACUUGGGGGCAUCGAAAUAACUCAACUUCAGGAGAUAGUCGUAAACAUCGAGUGAAAGAUGCUUAUAAGAGUGACCCGGCAGAACUGGAUGGUGAAAAGCUUUCCAAAGAGGAAAAGAAGAAAUAUGAUGACCGAGAAACUAAUGAAGAUAAGGACCGGUAUAUUAGACAACGAGGGGAGCAUGCUGAUAAAUUGACUUCUAUGAGUGAAAAUCAAGAAUCUCCUGCCAAAAAACCAAAGCUGUAUGGUUUAGACAAGGACAUUCACUAUGGGAAAGAUGUUAAGCCAGUUUCAAAGUUUUCAUCUGUAGCUGAGGAUGCUAAAGUGACUCCAGGACAGGGCCAGGCCAAUGAGACUGAUUCUGCUAAUGAUCUAAAUGCUGCAAAAGUUGCUGCAAUGAAAGCUGCUGAAUUAGUUAAUAAAAAUCUUGUUGGAGUCGGAAGUUGCAUGACUACUGACCAAAAGAAGAAGCUGCUUUGGGGUAGCAAAAAGAGCACACCAGCAGAAGAGCCUGGUCGCCACUGGGAUACAGCACUGUUUUCUGAUCGUGAACGACAAGAAAAAUUCAACAAACUCAUGGGUGUGAAGGGCGAUGUGAAGUUGGAGCAAAAACCCGACAACCAAGAAGGAAGCGAUGUUCUUCGAGCCGAGAAGCAGAAGGAACUCCAGAUGGAUUUAGAGAAGCAGUACACUGCUGGACUGCGGCGCAGGGAUGGCCGCACUGUUGGAUUAGGUCUUUAAGCAAUUGCUGUGGAUUUUUCUGCACUCAUAAAGGGCUUUGCUACAUUUUGUUGUACUCUUGUAAAGGAGUUAUGUUUCCUGUAAUUUCAUACUUAUGGCAUGUUUGGGGGGAUAUACUUUGUUUUCGGAGUAUUUCGUAUCUUAGCGAAACGGUGCCGUUAGACAUU